GUCACUAUUCUGCGUUUUGCUGUGACAGGUGCCUCGCCUCAUUACAUCUAAGCCGCCAGGAUGCAGAAGUUGUACCAAAGCGUGGACGGAGGCGGCGGCGUGACAGCGGUGACUACGCAGACAAGUCCCAAGCGGCGCUAUGUCCGCAAAGAGGGCAGCUGUGACGUGGUUUUCCGCCACGUUCCCGAGGAGUGGCUCCUGUUCGUCACUGACAUCUUCACCACCCUGGUGGAGAUCCGCUGGAGGGUGAUGUUCCUCAUCUUCGCGCUGUCCUACAUCCUGUCUUGGCUCUUCUUCGGGCUCCUCUUCUGGGUCAUCGCGCUGGCCCAUGGCGACGAGCAGGACCACGGGACGACGCCUUGCGUCUACGAGGUCCGCAGCUUCACCGCCGCCUUCCUCUUCUCGCUGGAGACUCAAACCACUAUCGGCUACGGCGCCCGAGGGAUGUCGGAGAACUGCCCCGUGGCCAUCGUGGUGGUGACCAUCCAGGAUGUUGUCAGCUGUUUCAUCGACACCUUCGUCAUCGGCAUCGCCGUGGCCAAGAUGGCCUCGGCUCGCAAGCGAGCCCAGACUGUGGGCUUUAGCAACUGCGCCGUGGUCAACCUCCGCGACGGCUAUCUAUGCCUUACCUGGCGAGUGGGUGACUUCCGCCGCAACCACCUGGUGGAGGGUACGGCGCGCGCUCAGAUCGUGCGCUCCCACACCCACAUCACCGGCCGGGUGGACAUCACCUACCAGGACCUGCUGAUCCAGCAGCCGGACAUCAUCCUGGUGACACCCACCGCUAUCUGCCACCGCAUUCAAGAGGACAGCCCGCUUUACGGGAUGAGCCCGGGCGACCUAUCACGCUCCGACCUGGAGGUGGUGGUGUCCUUCACAUACACCGACGACAGCACGGGAACGCUGCACCAGACGCGCACGUCCUACACCCGCGAAGACAUCUUGUGGGGCCACGUCUUCCAGGAAAUGAUCCGAGCCGGGAGGAGGCGCUACGUGGUGGACUACCUGCUUUUCAACCAGACCGCCAAGGUCCAAUUGCCCGAGAUCAGCGCAGAAGCGUACCGGCUCAAGAAACGGUCGCGGCCCUCGUCGAGACCUUCGCCACGCUGUGCUCGCCCUGAAGCUGUCCCGACCCCCCCGAAAUUGACACUGACUCUGCCAGAUGCCCAACCGGACGAGCGGCUGGAAAAGUAGCCGUAAUGCACAAAGAAAGAGUGACAACAUCAAAACCAUCUUGCGGAAGGGUUUUAGCAUCCUGCUAGAUUCUUUCAAAAGAAGAUUUUUACUUAACUCUUUCUACCAGAACAUUCUUCAUGGAAACCCCUACCAGUCUGCUCCUAAAACCUUUAUCUACAAAACAUUUUCUAGAAUCCAUCCAUCCAUUUUCUCCACUUAUCCGGUGUUGGGUCACAGGGGCAGCAGCUAAUUUCCAGCAAAAAGCCUGUUUGAACAUCUUCAAGUUCUGACCUUUAAGUCAAACUCUUACACAAUAAAUCAUACAAGAACCUACCAGAACUGGUAGAAGCUUAUUUUAUCACUAUAACCAGGAAACAUGUACCAAAUCCUCCUACAGCGUUCUUGAAAAAAAAUGUACUAUAACUUCCAAGUGGAACAUAGCCAAGAGAUCAUUCUACUAUAACCUUAUACUAAAAACAUCUACUCUCCUUACUUGUACGUUCUACCAUAACUAAAGAUGUCCCGAUCGAUCAGCAUCGAUCGGGUCCGAUCACGUCAUUUUCAAAGUAUCGGAAUCUGCAAAAAAAUAUCGG